AUGCAGACUGCUUCUACAAACAUUUGUGAAAGAAUGGGUCGCUUUCAGGAGCUCAGUGAAUUUAAGUGUGGUACUGUGAUAGGUUGCCACCUGUGUAAGAAAUCCAUCCAUGAAUUUUCCUUGCUACUAAAUAUUUCAUGGUCAUCUGUUAGUGGCAUUAUAACAAAGUGGAAGCAACUGGGAACAACAGCAACUUAGCCAUGAAGUGGUAGGCUGCAUAAAAUGACAGCGGGGUCAGUGCAUGCUGAAGCGCACAGUGCGCCGAAGUUGCUGACUGUCUGUAAAGUCAGUAGCUAAAGACCUCCAAACUUCAUUGAAGGCGUCAGCAUAUCAAGACAUUUUGGACAAUUUCAUG